AUGGAUCUGCCUUACUACCAUGGCCGCCUGACUAGGCAAGAGUAUGAAGCCCUGCUUCUCAAGGGAGGGGUGGAUGGCAACUUUCUGAUAAGAGACAGCGAAUCUGUGCCAGGAGCCCUGUGCCUCUGUGUCUCGUUUAAAAAGCUUGUCUACAGCUACCGAAUCUUCAGAGAGAAACAUGGAUAUUACAGGAUAGAGACUGAGCCCAGUACUCCACAAACAAUCUUUCCAAACCUAGAGGAAUUAAUCUCCAAAUUUAAAACACCAGGUCAAGGAAUGGUGGUUCAUCUUUCAAACCCAAUAAUGAGAAGUGGCUUCUGCUCGGGAGGGACAAGAUUGAAAUUAGAGCUGAAUGUUUAUGAGAACACUGAUGAGGAAUAUGUAGACGUCUUGCCUUGA